GCGGCUAAUAAGAAAAUGACUUGACCCACGAAGAAUUGACGAAAAUGUAUCUGGGUUUGAAGCCUGAGUUGGCCGGACGGCGUGGAUCCUCUGAUACCCGGGAAUUCACUUACGGGGAUGUAGUUGAUUUGCCCAGGUCGGUUGAUUGGAGAAAGAAAGGAGGGGUUACUCGUGUGAAGAACCAGGGGUCUUGCGGGAGUUGUUGGGCGUUUUCAACGGUGGCUGCUGUGGGGGGGAAUAGACCAGAUUGUCACCGGAAACUUGACGGAGCUGUCGGAGCAAGAGCUUAUCGACUGUGACACCACAUACAACAACGGGUGCAAUGGAGGUCUAAUGGAUUAUGCAUUUUCUUUCAUAACCUUGAAUUUGUCUAUUGUGCCAUCAACUUCCAGUUUCUUUUUUAAAAUCCAUUUGCAACUUAUAGGUUUGCAACCUGGUGGGAGAUCCACUAAAAUCCAUGUGUUAUUCCCCAUUAUGGAAUUCAUUUUCUCAUCUAUGGCUUCCUUCCAAAAAGUUGAAUCUUGUGACUUAAUUGCUUCUUCAAAUGUCACAGGAUCAGCUUCUAUAUUAUAACAAAAUCUUGUUCCUUCAAUAAGAAACAUGUGAAAUUUUGGACUAUAUGUUCUUACUUUUCUAGCUCUUUUGCUUCUUCUAACUUCAAUGUUUUCUUUCAACUUGUUUUCUUGCAAGUUGUCUUCUAUUCUUUGUUUUGAACUUUCAGCAAUUGUUUCUUUAGGUCUAGGAAUUGAAUUAAAUAUGCUCUCUUCAA